AUGGCCGACCUCAACACUGGUACUCGCAACAUCGUGCGCGAAGACCCUCCCACUCCCAACGUGCCAGGAGCUUUUCCCGGCGAGUCGAACAAGUCUUCCAGCGCUUUGUCUGCAAACAUUGUUGUCCCUCAGACCCAGCCCGUGAUCACUGGAGAGGCACCACAGCCUGGUAGGGACACGGCAAGCCCACGCUCUGCAACCCGUCCAGGCCAGGAUGCACCCAUUGUUACUUCGAUAAACGACCGAAGCCCGUCAGACUACACAUCUCACACCUCUCACCCAACCGAUGGAAUCCAGCCCUCCCUCAAGAAGACAGACGAGGAAAUACUUGCAUCCGCGGCCGAGGAACAGGUCCUGGAGCAAGUUGCUUGCCCCAUCGAGGCUAGACCAGCAGAUAAGCAGGCUCAGGUCGAUGCCGCUCUGAAUAAGAAUGACAACCAAGACACCGUGACUGCUGGCGAGUUUGUCCAGGAAAUUGCAGUCACUGCGACAAGCGCCGCGGCUGCGGCUGCAAAGGCUGCACAAGAAGCCGCGGCAUGGGCUACAAACAAAGCUGUUGAGAACUACCCGGCGGCCAGGGAUACGACUCUCGACGCUGCUGCAACUGCAGGAGAGACGACCCAGUCGGCCGUGCAGAAUGCUGCCUCGGCCCUUCCCGAUUCCGUGAAGAAUGCACUGGGCACAACAACUACGGCGGCCACAGGGAGUGCUGACGCAAACCCUGCCCUCGAAAAGGCCGCCCCUGGCGUUCCGGCUACAGUGCAAUCGUCUCUGGAGCGGUCUGGUGAGUCGCCCGAGGCGGCGGCAAAUCCAGAGGCUGUCCAGGACAAGCAGAUUCUCGAAUCGCAACUUCUCACAAUUGCCAAGGCUGCUGGAGUCGACACAGAAGAGGAGCAAAACGCACUCAAGGGAACACCCUCUUCCGCUACCGAUGAAAUUCCGGCAAGCAAGGGAGCUGGUACAGUCGCCGCCGUGGGCGCCCUCGCAGGAGGUGCCGCUGCCGCCAGUCAUCAUCAGCAGGAGCCAAGCCAACCUCACAUGCCUCAGCGUGCUGAGAGCACUGACUACGUCAAAAUCUUGGGUACCGAGACCAUAAGGCAUCAGAUCCAUGCCUCUGACAACGACGUUCCCAGGCAGUCCCUUGGCUCGGCUCAUCCUCUCUCGCAGAGCCAGAAUGCCGGAAAUGUACCCGGUACAGGUGUUGGAUCAGUCCAACGAUCUCCUGCACACGGUGGCGGGCCUGCGAGUGGUGUCCCUGAGCAUCGUUCCGCCGUUCCCGCUCCCGGUCACCCUGAAUCUCAGGCCCACCAUGAUAUGCCAACUUCUCUGCAGGCAAAGCAGAGGCAUGACAGCUCCCCAUCCACCAUCCAAGGGGAUGCAGCUGCAAUUGGCUCUGCAGUCGCGGCAGGCGGUAUCGGUCAUGGACUCUCGACAUUCUCGCAUAGAGCUGAGGACCCAACGCAGAACCCGUCACACGUCGAGCAUCCACGAUCGACUGGCACAGCUGCCCAAGCCCCUGGGCACGGGGUUCCCACCCGCCGCGAGCCUUCGCCGCCAAGCUACGGCCAGAGUCAGGACUCAACCCAAAACUACAGUCUCUCAUCUGGGCCUAAUCCUGGAAUCUCAGGCCAUCACGGCUCGGGCAGCAGGCAGUACACCAAUCCUCACCCCGGUGUAGACUCGAAGAUUUCUGGGCGCAAAGAGGAAGAGUCAGUCAACAUUGAAUACAACAAGUUGGGUUCUGGCACGGUAUCCGGGGUUGCAAACCCUCAUUCCAACACGGAGUAA